CGAUCUCUUGAAAUCGCUUCUCGCGGUUCCUGGGAUCGGGAAAGUUGCUUUCGAAAAGCGAUUCGCGUUGCUCAAGAAGUAGCGAGUCCGUUCGAGUCUGUUCAUCAAAUCGCGAGAGCGAAAUAUCUCACAUCGCGGCUCUCCGAUCUCCCUGCUUCUUUUUCUUAUCGAUUCUUAGCGAUUAGAGCGGCCAUUAACGCGACCGGAAACGAUCGCGAGAUCGGCGUCGGCGAAAAUAUUCGUCUCCUCUCAUUUUCGUUGUUUCUCCGUUUUUUCUUUUUUUUUUUGCCUGUUCGAAGAGUCUCACCUCGGGAGGGACGGUGCCGCUGUAUUCCUCGAGUUUGCUCUGUCAAGGUGCUCGCGGGCCUACGCUCGCUCUAAAGUAUAAGACGAUUCUCGCCCGAGGAGGGGAGGGGGACGUACGGGGUGGUCGAUAUUAACUGCGAAGCACCUUUCGCGGAGAAGGCGGGUGGCGCGAACACUCCAGUCACAUGCCGUUCGCGGUCGAGUGCGCUCGUCGUCGUCGGGACCCGCGUCCUUCCGCGUCCUUUCGCGGUAAGUUGCCGUCCGCCGCAAAGUAUCAAUCGCUCAUCAUGCGACGGAAAACAUCCGGGCUCUGCUGAGCGCCAGACGUUUCGCUCGCGCGUCGCCGCGGCUUUCGCACAUUACAGUUUCGGGCUCCCAGCGAAGGGCUGAAGGCUCGCCGACACCUACAUCGUCUUUUUUUGUGCGAUCGUCAGCUCAGCACGCGCGCCAGCAGUCCACGCCAUUGAUGAGCGAGCAGCAGCCGAGACGGCGAUCGCGGCGGAUCAUGAAGGACAACCGGUGGUUCCCGAAGGACGAGAAGUAGGGGGACAUGUCCCGCUGCUUGUCGUCAUCUAUGACAGGAUCGACAGACACGGGGCCGCUGCAGCCCCAGGAAGAUCCGGCGCCGCUGCCAGCCCAACCGUCGACCUUCGAGCGACCGGGGUCGGAGGACAGUUCGUUGGCUCGGCGGGGACGUCGUCGGCAUCAGCCGCGACGUAAAAUGACGUCCGCACCGGCGUCUGGGCAGACGAUACAGCUGACUCCGCUCUGGGAACAUGUGGUGCGCACACGUAGGUUUCCAUCCGAGGUCGACACGCAGGCCACCUUCGUCGAGAUCUCCGAGAGACUUCGGGAUCCGGAAUGGGAGGUACGCCAGCACGCCCUGCGGGUGCUGAUGGACGUGCUGCCGACUCUCAAUACCGAUGUCGUCGACAAGGUCAUGCAACCAGUGGUGCCGGAGCUGAUAAAUAACUUGGGACACCCAGCGCCGGCGGUUCGUAAGGGCGCUUUGGAUACGCUGAGGGUGUACCUCGUCCACAGCCCCAGCAGGGACAGCAUGGUGAAAAAUAUCCUGCACGACGGCCUAAACCGACCGGACGCCCACAAUCCGUUCCAAACGAACGUGACGACGGGCGUGAUCCUGAGCGCGCCUCUGUUGCUCUUCCCAUCUUCGGACAGCCCGGCGCCGACGAGCCAAGUUCUCAAGGACGCCACGGUCGCCUUCGCGUCGCGCUUGGUGCAAGUGCCGCACCAGGAGGCUGUGCUCAAGUCGCUCAUGAAGAUCCGCGACGCGGUCGGCGAGGAGGAGUUCAACGGCUACUUGGUCGACUACGACGACAAUAUGAAGAAGAACAUCGAGCUCUUGUCCAAGAUCUACAACAUCAGGCCGGGUAAGAGGAAGCAACGGCGGCAACACGCGACGGACAUCAUGAAGGCCGACAAGGAGCGCGCGAAUCUCGACAAAUCUCACUGGGAUAGCGACAGCGACACCUCCGGCAUCGCCGAGGAGGAGGACGAGACCCCGAAUGGCGCCGCGCCACCGGGUAGGGUCGUCUUGGAGACGGAAAUCAAGUUCAACGAGGAGACCGCCAUCACGAUGACGAUCUUGGAGGAGAAGGACGACGAGGACGAUAGCGAAGAAGAUGGAAGCGGCCGCAAAAACGUCGAGGGCGAGGCCGCCGCCGCUGCCGCCGCCGCCGCUGCGACUGCGGAGGACGUCUCCGCGGACCCGUCCUCGGAGGACAAGCGGAAGACGCCCAGGCGGGUGCACUUCGGCGGCGAGAUCGUGAAGCUGAGAACCCCCGACAGCGACGAGACCGAGUCGCUCGAGAUCGCCACACCGAAGACGCGAAUUCCACUCCCCGUGUCGCCGGCCACGAAGAUGCCGGAGAGGGUCCGACGGCGGCCAUGGUCGCAGCCGUGCAGUCCUCACGCGGAGAAGCGGAGCUCGAAGCGGGCUUCCAGGUCGGCCUCCAGCAGCCCCAAGAGAGAGACGUAUACGCACAACGCGCAGCUCAGCCCGAAGAAGAGCAUCCUCGCGCGGACCAACAGCUCCGGGCCCAUCAUCGUCGUCGAGCCCGCGAUCGAGGAGACGAAGAACGCCAGGAGUCCUGUGAAGGAGCGGAGAAACGGGGAGAGCACGGUCCCAGAAGCCGAGGGUCUUCGGGAGAUCGGCGAGACGUUCAUCAAGGAUCAGGUCGCUCCUCAAGUGAUCUCUUCAUCGCCGAGGCAGGGCGAGAGGAGUCGCGCCAGGAUCGCCAACGACGAAGCGUUUCGACCUGCGAUAGCAGGAGACCCUUCGAAGGCGUCUUCAGCGGGCGAGCGGAUCGAAGAGGCUGGCGAUCGCGCGAACGUGGUCGACUUGAACGAGCACGACGUGGUUGAAGCUUCCUCGAAACAGGAAAAAGAUCGCGCACCGACGGAGACGUCGAGUCCAUCACAGAGGUCGCACAAGGGGAACAGAGAGAAUCCCCAGGUGGGUGACGGCGUUUUCGGUUUGGAAGAGCGGAAAGCGGGGAGCGACUUCUUCGACGAGGUCAAGAGCAACGUCCACGACUUUGCGUUCGGCUCGCCGGUGCACGAGUGCGACGCGCGGUUCGACCGGUUGGUCGGUGGUGACUUCGUCGACGAGCAGGUCGCUGGGCUGAUCACGGAGGUCCACGCGGCCCUGGAAGGCGACGGCGAGCGGAAAGGACGCGGCCAGCGUGACAGGAAGAACCUGCCUGAGACGAACGGAAGUGUUACCUGCAGCAGCAGUGAAGGCGAGGGUAAGCCGCAGGAGCCCAACUGGGAGGAACUGGGCCUGGUCGGUCAAGAGGUCUUGGACGACCUGCACAACAAGGACGACUGGCGAGCGCGCGUGAGAGCCUUAGAGAGAGUCGCGUCGGCCCUGCGGACGUCCUCGGCCCUGAUCGCGAUAGAGUCGCGAUUAGGAUCGCUCUUGCAUGCGGUGCUCGGCGGCGAAAGGAGCUGCCGGGUGGCCGCCGCCGGUUUAGCGGUGGCGAAGGUAGUUGUGGCUGAUGUCUCGGAGGACGCGCUCAGGAGGAAACUGCCGCAAUUAGCAUGGGGACUCGCCAGACAAGGUGGUCCGGCCGCGGCGCAGCUCGCUAGGAUCGCGAUGCUCAGGCUCAAGCCCGGUCUGCUCCUGGAGCAGCUGCUGCAGCCGCACUGCCUGUGCGCCAGGAACGCCAAGACACGGGAGAACGCGCUGCAGCUGCUGAUCUUCUCGCUGGUGACGUUUCCGAGCACAGAGUUCAAGCUAGAAACCGUGGCCAACCGCGUGGCGACGAUGGUCGCGGAUCGUCGACGCAGAGUGCGCCAAGCCGCUCUCGACACCUUGGCCGUUUUGGCGCAAAUCUACGACCCCGAGGAGGUCCUGGCGGCGGGCAAACGAGCAGGCGACGGAAGCCCUGACGCCGAGGCAAUGUUGGCCGCGAUCAGAGCUCGGCUGGCCAGGAAGUCGCUGCCGCUGGUGUCGGCCGACGGCCUCGUGGUGUACGGUUUGCAAAUUUCACCGACUGUUCAGAUUGCUACUGGUCCCGAUGUCGAUUGGAUCGUGGCAGGAAGCGGCUCGGUUUCGCCAGGCACUGGUCGCACCAGAGGUCAAAUCAUCGCCACGUCCAGGUCGGCGCAGGGAAGAGCGUCCAGGAACGUCAACAACCGCGAAAGCCCGUGGACAGAGAGACCUAAUCUCGUCGCGCUCGGCGUCGGCUUGCAGUCCAAGAACGAACAACCGCUGGCUUGGCAGAUAUUGCGUUCGCAGAGUAACGAUGACAAUGACAGUGAGAUAACGGGAUCGAACGGACGAAACGCAAAUGCGGGAUUGCCUUCGAACUUCGCUCUGAGAUUCGGGGACCAACUGCGAUCGUCAUCCUACGCGUCGUCGUCGUCGUCGUCGCACGAUCCCGUCGGGACGGACUCCAAGAAUCCCAAGGAGAUCCUCGACAACAAUUUCGAGCAGAAAAUCGCGCGGAGUCGCAAAGACCUUAAUGAAAUCGCUAAGGAAAAGGACGCAGCUGUCAAGGGAGACUCGAAGAUCCCGGUGUUACUGACACGUGAGCGUCACAAGGUAACGACGGAGAAUCGCGAGAAGAAUCCCGCCAAUCUGGAACACGUCGGGCCGAAUUCGCGAAGGCAGGCGAAGGACGCGCUGGACAGCAACCGAAAUCGGAUAAAUUCGCGGCCGGAGAACAAUGUCGGAUCAUACGCGAGCACGUACCAACGGCGGAAGCGGCUUCAGCGAGAGGAGGCGAGCCAGUUUCUGAAUCACACCUUCGACUCGCACUUCGGCAGUUACCGCUCGUCCUCCUACGCGAGAGCCUUGGGCACCACGAGCAGAGAGUACAACGACGCCGCUGAGAGCAGGGAGGCGAUCUUCUCGGACGACAAUUCGCAUUACUACGGCAGAUUCGUGGAUAACGACACAUUCACGAAUAAGAACGAGAGUUCAGAUUACGGAGGAGGAGGAGGAGGAGGGCGCCAACGAUCGUUACCCAGAAACAUGCAACAGCAAACGCUCGUCGAAACUUACAGCUCGAUUCACGAGCGGCAGGAGAAGCUGAUGGACAGGAACGCGUACCGACCAUUGCGGACCGCCCCGAGUCCGCUGAGCCGCGUGCCCCGGGAAUUUCCAAAUUUCGACUCGCAAGUUGCGGAUAACGAGGGGAAUGCGAUGUUCCGGUCCAGGGAAGGUAGAACGAAGGACGCGCAGCAAAGGACCGAGGCGGAUCCGACGUCGUCGGAUUUGCGGGAGAACGGGCGGCCCUUCCCGGAAAAUUUCGCCGAUCCUCAUCGGAGGAGGCUGCGGUCGCUGUCGCCGUCGCAGCUCCACCGAUCGAGGCAGUUCAUCAGGCUGACUUCCGGCAGGUAUCACACCGCGUCGAUGUACGACAUCGACAAAGCGACGGUGAACGAGGAGGAGUACAAUGCGCGGAACAAGCGCCACUUCUCGCCCGAGACGAGGAGUUACAACGUGCAAACCUCGAACAAGGAGGAGUCUCGGUAUCAAGAGUUUCUACGUUCCUUCUCAGUCAGCGAACGCAUUCGCGAACCCACCAGAAGCGCGAGCAGUUCGUCGUCGGACGCUUCCAGGAGCGAUCGGCAAGACGCUCUCGCGGAGAACCGAGACGCGAGAUCACUGCGAGAUCGCGCCAACGAUAGCAACAACAACAAUAAUGACGACGACGACGGCAGCCGAUUGUCGAGCCCGCGCAGCCAGUACGCCGACCCGGCGUUCGACAUCAUCACGCAGCAGGCGACGAGUCGUCCGAUUCACGACGACGUCGACUCCUUUUUCGGUGGCCCAUUGUACACAGGGAACAAUAGUUUAGUGAUAGAUUUUUUCACGUAUUUGGAGUCGUUACUUCUACGGCGCAAAUUUGACGGGAGCCCAUCGUUUGACGCAACAUUUUAUUUUCCAACGUUAAAUACUACGACGGCGACGGACGACAGCAGCAAGGUCGAAGGGCCGAUCGAAGGGGCGAGCGCGCUGAUCGGGGGGGAUGAGGCGUCGAAGGAAUGGAGCAGCGAGGACGAGACGAAGCCGACGGGCCGACUCGGUGCGAUCUCGAGGCACUCAGAACACGGCGAAUCGGUCGCGAUUGAGGACGAGAACUGCAACGGGAGCACAACCGGCAGCAGCUCCGGCUUUCCUGAGCAGCUGGAGAACCGGUCGCCGAGCGCGAGAAGGAUCGCGAACGAACGGAUCCUGCCCUACGACGAGCCGAAGGUGUCCAAGGAGUCGCUGCAGGCCACCAGCGCCCCGCGGACUGCGAGCCCCAACAAGUCCGAGUCCCUGUAUCAGUCACCGAAUCACAGCACUCGUCAUUCGUCGCUCGCCAGCUCGCCGUCCAAGCGGAUCUCCCGCUGCGGCUCGCGCAACUUGCCGUUCGAGCAUCAGAACGGGGAGUCCAGGGAUUCCAGCGAGGAGAGAUUAGUCGCUUCCAUAGUACUUGACGAGGAUGCUUCCAUUCGAUCGUUGGACCCCGGUCGUCCGCAGAUCGACGGCGGUAUGACCGACACACCGGCGAUUAUCAUCGCGUCGCGGCCGCAUUCUCACGAGACCAUCGAAUACGUGGAGAACGCGAGGAACGUCGAGAACGCGAGCGUGCUCAAUAGAAAUAAUACUGAAGAGUCCACGGAGGAAGAGUCCAGCGUGAACGACACUCUGGAGGACCGACAGAGCAAGGACAGCGCGAGCGAAACGAACACGGAGCCAGGAAUAUUGAAGAUCGAGCCUCAGUCCAUGGACAUUAUCGAGUCGCGCAGAAAAAUCGCUUCGAAAGUACCGGUCCGCGACGCUGGCAGAUAUCGAGCGCUUUCCAUGAAGAAAGCCGCGGAGAAGCCCUCGGAGAAGUCCAAGCGGAUGGUGCAGCAGUGCUUCGCGCAGCUUGAGAGUAAAGACUGGGAAGUAACGACGAAAGGCUUGAAGUCCCUGUCUCAAAUCGCGAAGCAGUCUCCGGAGUACCUGGACGUCCUCUCGGUUGGAACGAUAGCGCGGCUUCUGGGACGACACGUGAGAAAUCUCCGCUCGCAAGUGGCGCGAGCCGCUUGUCUCGCCGCCGGUGAUGUCUUCAGCUCGCAGAUUCGGGGCAUCGAUCAGGAUCUGGAUGAGAUAGCGGGUCCGCUGCUCCACCGAACGGCCGAUACGAAUCGAUUUCUCCGUGCGGAUUGCAACGCGGCUCUGGAUCAGAUGGUGCAACAUCUGCCGCCUCAUAAAACCAUCGGUGUGAUCGUAUUGCGAGGAGCGAGCCAUCAAAACGCUAUCGUUCGCGCAACGACCGCGCGACUGUUGUCAGACAUCACCGACCGCAUCGGGCCCGACCACGUGAUGAUCCUGCCGCGCGACGUGAAGGAUAAGUUGCUGAACAGCGGUGCGAGACUGUUGAUGGACGGGAAUCUGGACGCGAGGAAUCACUCCAAGAGGAUGUUCCGGCGGUUGACCCGCUGCGAAGGCUUCCGCAAAGCGCUGACGGACGCCGUGCCCGAGACGACGUUACGACACAUCGACAAAACCAUGAAGACCCUCUAACCGAGACGGACUGGUCGGGCGAUUUUAUAGUCAGUUUAACGUAGUGCGAUUUAACCCCGCCGUCGUCGCCGUCGCCGCCGCCGUCGCUUGGACCACCCCAGAAGAUUGCUCCGUCGCGGACGACGUUCGACGACCCGGUCGUCUAAAGAAUCGACUUACGAUCAAGAUUCAGACGAGAAUUUUCUAUACCGAGAAAAAUGCCAGACAGGCGCUCGCAAUUAGCCUCUCCCCUCUCCACCCCCCUGCGCGCCGUGAAUAUUCUCCCACCGAGGAUGAAAUGCAACGAAAGGACGAUUCCAGUGAAACGCACGUCGGAGGCGACGUGCGACGACGAAGGAGGCGAGAGACUCGCUGCUCGGCCUGCGUCGAUCCUGUUGCUUUUUCUUCUUUUCUUCUUCAAUUCUUGUUUUCCUCAUCGACGUUUUGAUACUCGACAACUUUAAUAUACACGCAUGUACGAACGCGGGCGUUAAGGUCGACAUGCUUCUUCCUCGUCGCGCACCUCGACGAGCACAACACGGGGGAAUUGUUCCUCCGAGAGAAACGGGACAGAGGAAAACGAAACGGAAGGAGCUUUCCGACGAAUCGGCCGGAAGACAGGUAUCGUCGUCGUCGUAUCGUAGGCGCGUUUCGAGGCGCAACGGGAAGAAAGUGUGUCAAUGUUUAUACGACACUCGCGCUCGUGCAUGCAUCUUUUUAUACGGUUGUGUAAAGGAGCCGCACUUGGGUGCAAGUGCGCGCGGUGAACAUGUAGUAGUGCCUUCUCACACAUCGGUGACCGCAUCGCGAAUCUCCGGACUCGCUCGCACAAAAGGGAACCCGCGACCCACCAACGUUCGCGGCACGGUCCCGCAGAGUCGAAAUCUCGAAUUCGGAAUUCGGAAACUGUUCCCGCUCCUUAAAUCUCGGCACGUGUUUUUUCCUUUUUUUUUUCUCUCGGGACGCGACGCAUGCCCGCGAAAUAUCGCCGAUACGCUCGACGACGGCUUACGUUGUUGUCUUCACCAACUCUACACCGACGAGUUGCAGGAAGAGAAAAUCAGUGGACGGAUCUCUUUCUCCAAAAGGGAGGCAAAAGAGCUCGAGAUCGCUCGCUGACGGCGAUGAUUCCGUAUCUCGGAAUCGACGAUCAGCUUCCGUCAGUCUGAAAACACAGAGACUGGAGAGAGAACGUCAGCGCGAGAGUGUGUCCUCGUAAAUUUUUAUAUAGAUUAAAUAUCUCGAGUGUGAUGACAGUUUAACAUUUGCGAGACAGAGGGAAAGAGAGAGAGAGAGAGA